ACGUCAUUGUUUUCUUCUCGGAAGUCGGAAGCACCGCAAGAAACGAGAAAGAUCGAAAGAGACAACAAAAGAAAGAACAAGCAAGACGAAGGGAUGCCGACGAGUCGAGUCUCCGAGUCUCCGAAUCUACCAGAUAAUAGUAAGAGAAGACAUGAUGAGACUACUGUCGUUGCUCCUCCUUGUCGCAAUACCAACGCGUUGUGUGGCGUUUCUUCCAUCGACUUCUACUACUAGAAGCAGUCGUCCUUCACGACCACUGUCGGUCAAGCCACCGGUGCUCGACGAUGUCUGCGAAACUAUGGGUGUCACAUUGACCCGGUUCAUGAAUGAGGUUGCCAUGUUGAAUCCAGAACUAAAAGAGUUGACGACUAUUUUUGGCGCCAUUGAUACCGCCUGCAAGGCAAUAUCCAACGAAGUGAAACGAUCGCAAUUGCCCUCUAGUGAAACGCUGGGGUAUCAAGGAGCAGUCAAUGCACAAGGAGAAGAUCAAAAGAAAUUGGAUGUCAUCACCAACGAUCUUCUCAAAAGGGCCCUUCGUUUCACUGGGAGACUGGGAGUCCUGGCAUCGGAAGAAGAGGACACGCCAGUGGAUGUGAUUGGAAGAAGCACGGGUAAAUCUGGCUCCCUGGAGAUUGUUUUGGACGAAACAACCGACUAUGUGGUCUGUUUUGAUCCUCUCGAUGGGUCCAGUAAUGUAGAUGCUGGAAUCCCAACAGGUACCAUCAUUGGCAUCUUUGAGCACGACGAAACGUGUGAAAUUGACUUUGACAACAUUGGAGAAGACGAAGCUGCAGAACAGGAAGCUAGGUGCUUGGCGAAUACGUUACAACCGGGGACAAAUCUUGUAGCAGCAGCCUAUUGUCUGUAUUCCUCGUCCACCUUCUUGACACUCACCCUGGGCAAUGGAGUGUACAUGUUCACAUUGGAUGAAACCAUUGGCGAAUUCAUUUUAGCAAAACCCAACGUACGCAUUCCGGAAAGCUCAUCAAUUUACUCCUUCAAUGAGGCCAACUUGGACUACUGGGACGAGCCAAUGAGGGAGGUUGUAGAAAGAUGGCGCGAGGGGACCGGCAGGAGCGGAGUACGCUUCUCCAGUAGGUACAUUGGUUCCAUGGUUGGAGAUGUACACCGAACACUGAUGUAUGGUGGUGUCUUUGGAUAUCCCGGGGAUACCAAGAACCCCAACGGGAAGCUUCGACUCUUGUACGAAGGAGCACCCAUGGCUUUCAUAAUGGAACAAGCCGGGGGCCUGGCAACCACUGGAACGCAACGCGUGAUGGAAAUUACGCCCGAAGUUGUGCAUCAACGGGUUCCUGUCAUCAUGGGUUCCAAGAACGAUGUUAUAGAAGUUAUCGAAUGCUACAAAACAGCUGCGGCGCCCUUUUCUCGGGCCGCAGCAGCAGCAUAGCAUCGAACAAAUAAAUUUACUUGGAGCUAAGAAUGCUGUCAUCAUGUAGUUUUCUCGAAAACCGUAUGUACAAGUACUUAAUGAUGUAGUGCCACUAUUCCCGCUUGGUCUCUACUUUUCCACCGAAACCUCGCAGCUGACGAAACAUCAGAUCCAACCUGUUUCUGCCUCUUCUACUCUUUCAGGGCGCAGAGGCAUGCAUCACUGGAGGUUUGAUUGGAAAGGAAGUUGAGACGAAUGAUCGCUGCCUCCAAUUUGACGGCUGCUUGUGGAGCUGGCGAGAUUUUCUUUUAAAAACCUUGGUUUACUAGAAUUUUCUCUAACAGUAUGGAAGUAUUGAGAGCCCCGCUCUCUGCGAACGUGUAGCUUUGGUGGUACC